GGUUUAUUCCUCUCGCAUAUCCACUUUAGUCUACAAGUUCAUAUCGUUGUGGACACAAUAAUCCGGGAAUAAUGCCACACCAUCAGAAUCUUAUUUUCGUGACUCUUGUAGUCUUUGGGAUGGUACUGAUUGGGUUCAUUUACAUAAGCACCAACCAGAACAGUUGCAAACAACAUAUGAUAGAAAAAGUCCUCAGAAAGUAAGUAAUGAUGUAAUGCAUACAUAUACAUCUGAUCUCUCUCGUCAACACACACACACACAAAACAAAUAAACACACGCGCACUUUGUACUUACUGCAUGUAUAUUCUUAUGUACACCAAUUCGCACACCAUGAUCAUUUAAAUUAGAAUUAGACUGAUUCUGUUAUUGUCAGGUCAGAAGAGAAGCUUGAGAACUUGGGAUUGCGCUCAUCUCCGGGAUUUCUGUACAACCAACCCAGCGCCUUGGUAGGUCGGAAAGAUGUUGUCUCUAUGACACCAUGGUUAUCCCCAAUCAUUUGGGAAGGAACCUUUGACCCAACACUGAUUGAUUCUAUCUACAAACAACAUAAUCUCACCAUAGCGACCACUGUUUUCGCUUUGGGAAAAUACACACGUUUCCUCAAAGAUUUUCUGGAGUCGGCGGAGGAGCAUUACUUUGUUGGAUUUCGAGUGCAUUACUACUUGUUUACGGAUCAACCAGAAGCAGUUCCUGAAGUAAAGAUGGGUGAAAAUCAUAAUUUGACAGUUCGGAGGGUUCCGAGUUUGGACCGAUGGCAGGACAUAAGUAUGGGCAGGAUGGAAAUACUAGAAAAACUAAUAAAGAACGAACUGGCCAAUGAAGCUGACUAUAUUUUCUGCCUGGACGUGGAUACAAAGUUCUAUGGCCGCUGGGGGGCGGAGUCUUUGGGUCGUCUGGUCGGUGUGAUACAUCCUUGGUUCUUUGAUUAUCCGAGAGAUCAGUUCACAUAUGAGCGUAGACCAGAGUCUCAGGCAUUCAUUCCAGCUGGGGAAGGUGAUUAUUAUUACACUGCUGCUGCAUUUGGUGGCUUAUUGGAUGAUGUACAUAAUCUCACCAAAACCUGCUGGGAACAGCUGAAAAUUGAUGCUGCGAACUCCAUCGAGGCGAUAUGGCACGAGGAGUCUCACUUGAACAAGUAUUUUCUUUAUAACAAACCCAGUAAACUUCUCUCUCCUGAAUAUCUGUGGCGGGACAUCAAUAUUGGUGCGGACCAAGUGAAAAUAAUUCGCUUUUCUCAUGUAGCUAAAAACAACGCAGAAGUUCGCCCAAACGUGUAGCAGCUGUUGCCAGCAUUCGGCUGACCUGUUGUGUUCUCAAAGGCCUAUUGAAAGACAUUAAGAAUCGCAAGUCAUGCCACAAGUAAUAAUGACAUGAGGGAAGUUGAUAUCUGCCACCAAUAUCACAGACAUGAGAAUAAUAUUUGUAUGUGGCACCAGGAACAAAAUCUGCCAAAAUCUUUUUGAAUUAAUAUAAACUUAUCUUUACUACUGAACUCUUCAGUUUAUUGUGUGAUCAAAAAUAAAUAAAAUAAAAAUCGAACCUCUUUUUAUGCAAGCAUUUGAGGAUUUGAGGUUUAGCUACAGAAAACUGAUGUACAACUAUUGAACUAAUGUCUGCAAAUGUACAAAGUCUAUGCAAAUGUACAAAAAUAUAUGCAUUCUAUAUGCGUUUUGUUUAUGAA